UCUCACGCACGAUUCAUGAGCACAGUAUUGACGCUACAGGUUGUCACGUUGUUUACACGGAUGACACACACAUACAAACACAAGCUGCAGAGAAGGAAGGAAUGUGAGGCAGAAGACAGUGAGGAAUCUCAACAAGGGGUUAACUUCAAGGUUGUUGCCAUGGCGAUGAGGCCCGUGCGACCCGCCUCUGAGAACUACCAAUCAGUGUGCUGUUCAGUCAGCCCGUCUGUGUCCUACUCCAGCUUGUCUGGGACGUAUGAGCCAGGCGACCAGACGCCCAUCUUCUCCAUCUCCAAGAGCUCCAUGGAUGUCAUGGCAACGGACAAGUGCUCUUCCUGGACUGGCAUGGCCCUGCGCCGCAGCUCAAGCGUCAGCGUUCCCGCUGAGCAGAACUCUCUGGCACACGUGUGGCAGCAUGAGAACCCGCAGAACCUGCCCGCCCUCAGUGAGCGCUGGAUGGCCAACAUGCGGCGCUGGAGCCGGUGCAGCGGCGGUACGCAGAGUGGUGGCAGCACUCCUGACACGGUGAUGUGGGGUGGCAGCGGGGCGUCGCGUCCCUGCAGCCUCAUGCAAGACAUGUCGUGCUGUGCGGCGCCAGACUUGUCAGGGUCCAAAGUAGCCUCUCCUACCACCAUGACCUCCUCGCCUUUUAUCUCCCCGCUGAUGACGCCCACAUUACCAUCGGUGGAUCUUUGCUCUUCAUCAACGGCACUCAGCGCACCCCCGCAGGAAGACUACCCAGCUUCUCCUCUGGCGUCAUCCCGACACGUUGACGCCACACCGUCAACCUUCACGACAUCAGGCUGCUUUUUCCAUAUGGCAAGCACAGAAGAUGACACCUUCCAGGACACCCGCAUGCUUUAUUUCCAGUAUCCCUCUCCAAUGGUGUCCUCUGUGGGCUCAGAAGAAGGAGCAUCAUCAACCCCUGCAUCCGUUCAUGAGAUGUCCCAACCUCGAGAAGAGAUUGUGUGGCUGAGUUCAGCAGAAGAGCAAGAUCCAGAUGUAACAAAUUCUGUCUGCCACCUCCAGUUACCAUGGCAACCAGAGCAAAGGCCAGGCAGAGGUGGGACGUCAGUAAUGGUCUCCUCCAUGAGUGACUCGCUGCUACGUGAAGGUUGUAGAUGCUACAGAGGUGGUGUCAAAAGAGAGCAAGGAACCAUGACUUCUUGGCUAGAGGUGAUGGACGUGGCCGUGCAGACCGUCUCCCCUGCAGGCUCCUGGUGGGACCUCCGCAGAAACACAUCCCACACAGGCUCCCACUCCCUCCUGGGCUCGCCACCUGGAUCCAGGCUGAACCUGAAAACCUCGGUGGGCUCCAACUCCAACCUGGUGUCGCCUUCUUCCAGCAUGUUCCCCGCCAGCAACAGCGAGGAGGAGGCAGGGAGGAAGGAAGGAGACAACACCAGGUGGGAGGUCACCUCUGCUUCCUCUCAUGACCUGGAGCGCAGAAGGUCCUGUCUGAGGGUCCAGGCGGAGGAGAAGGACGAGCUUGGCGGGAGGAGGAGCAGCAUGAAGCAGGUGCAGUGGGACGAGGAUGGAAUGACGUGGGACAUCCACGGAGCGUCUGUGGACCCAGAUGUGUUGAGUGCAGCCAUACGAAAACAUCUGGAGAUUCACAACAGCCCCCGUCCUGUCAAACGUCCUUCAACAAAGAAGAAAGCUCCGAAUCCUCCUCUUCUUCCCACUGAGGCAACUCCACCUGGGACAGCUGCCGACGGAGGUGUGAAGGAGGAUGAGGGAGGAAGGAAGGAGGAGGCAAGCACAGCGGAGGGAGAAGAUGAGAGCAUCCCAAAUUCACCUUCACGUGGGAGUGGACUCAUCCGGAAGAGGAGUAUGAUGAGGUCGCUGAGGCCAGGAUGGUGCGGGGGGUCCAGAAAGGAGGACUAAAACAAAAUGGCCGCUUCUCUCCUGAAGCUCAAAAUAAAAACACACUGACUGCAACCAGAUGAUGCUUGGUUAACUCAAGAUUCAAGAUUCUUUGUCAGUUUUCUAUACUGCAUGUGCAGGACAUGCAUAGAAGAAUUUAAUAAUAGAAAGGCUAAAAUAAUAAGAAUAAUAAACUAAAACAAUGAAACUAGGCAGUGCAGAAAGCCAGUCUGUGCAAAGGGCAGUCUUGGGAGGUGUCACGAGCGAUGCUGAUGACUCUGCAGUUUAGUCGAGGGUUGAAGAUGUCAAGGAGGGGGGGACAAAGGGACACCGAUGAUCUUGCUAACACAGUAGACAGUGCAGCCUCCGUACCGCACUGUGAUGCAGCCAGUGAUGAUGCGCUCUAUAUUGCCUCCACAGAAAGAAUACAUGAUGGGGGGUGGGAAUCCUGCUCUCUUCAGCUUGCAGAUUAAGUAGAGGCGUGUUUAGGCCUUCUUGGCUAGCGACAUGGUCUUGUUGGACCAGGAGAGGUCCUAAGAAAUGUGCAUCCCCAAGAACCUGGCGAUGUUCACCCUGUCCACAGCAGUGUCGUCGAUGAUCAGUGGGGGGUGCUGCCAGGGUCUUUUCCUUCAGUCUACAACAAUCUCUUUGGUCUUCCCUACAUUGAGAAAGAGAUUGUUGUCCUUGCACCACUCAGCCAGUUGGCCCAUCUCGUUCCCCUAGCUGGCCUCAUCAUUAUUGGAGACGAGGCCCACCACAGUUGUGUCACCCGCAAACCUUAUGAUGUGGUUGCUGCUGGAUUUUGGCCCACAGUAGUGGGUCAGCAGCGUGAAGAGCAGUGGCCUGAGCACACACCCCUGUGGGUCCCCUGUGCUCAGCGUGAUGGUUUUGGGAGUGUAUGCUGCCAUCUCACGCUUUUUGUGGCCUCCCUGUGAGAAAAUCCAGCACCCAGUUGCAGAGAGAAGUUUUAAGCCCCAAGUGUCCAAGUUUUUGUAUGAGCUGCUGGGGGAUGAUUGUGUUAAAUGCUGAACUGGAGUCAGGAAGAGCAUUUGCACAUAUGAGUCCUUUGAAUCCAGGUGAGUGAGGGCUGGGUGGAGAAGAGCAGAGAUGGUGUCCUCAGUGGACCUGUUUGACCUAUACAGUAUAUGCAAAUUGAAAUUAGUCAUGGGAUGACC